AGCAAAUUAUACAUACACUAUUUACUAAUUUUAAGAAUGAUUAGUAGAUCAAAAAGUAUUUAUUAGCUAAUAAUAUACCAUCAAAAAUAUAAAAAAUUUAAUUAAAUUAAUUAUAGAUUCUUUGAGCAAAUAUAUUAAGUAAAAUUAUUGCUAAUUUAAAUGGAGAUAGAAGAUAUCAGGGAUUACGAAGAAUUAGAAAAUUUUGAAAAGGUUGAAGAGAUUCCUUUAUAGGAUGAGCUUUUUGAAAUUUAGAAGAUUGUUGAUAUUUCUAAGAUCUUAUCUGUUAAAAGAUUAAAACAUAGUAAAGUGUUAAUCAUGAAAAAAUACUAUUUUCAGAUUCCUAAUUAUUUUGAGUAAGAAAAUUUGGAUGGAGAAGCUACAUUUAUGAAUCAAGAAGGAAAGGAUGAGCUUGAUAUCAUAGAAAAUGGUGACGGUACUGCUUAAAUAGUUAGAAUCGAUUAGCUUUAUAAAGUUUUAACUUUUUUUAACGUAGAAAUCUAGAUUUAAGCUGAAGUAUACAGAUAACAUUUUAAUUUAAAGCCAAUUUAUACUUAAGAAGUGAGAUAGUUAUGUCAUUACAGAGAAAUUAUCAACUGCAUCAAAGAAUGUACUAAGGGAUAUAUCUAAGAAUAAUUUGAAAACAAUAAUUUGCAAAAUAAAAACUAGAUAGAAAUCAGAAAUAAAAUUUGUGACAUUUUAUUUAAAUAGACUUAAAUUCACUAAGAUAUAUUUGAUAUUUAAUUUAAAAAUAAGGAUUUAGAUUUGUUUGAAAAAAUGAUUAUUAAUAAUUAAAUAGAUUAGAUUACGUCUAAUUAGAUUAGGCAGUUUAAAAUUUGGAGAUAAUUUAAUUCUCUCCCUAUAACAACAGUGAAUAAGUGUUUCUGUGAAAAAUAUCAAAGCAGAAGCUAAUUAAGUGCUUCUUAGGUUUAAGAAAUAUUAGAUAGAGUUCAAAAUUAAUUGUUUUUCAAUAAAGAUAAUGAUUUAAGUAACUAUAUCUAAUGUGAAGAGGUAUACUUCAAUAUAUCACAAAGGACAAGAGACUUCAAAUUUAGUAAUAAAAUAUACUUAAAAGUAGGACAGAAAGAUGGAAACCCAUUUUUCUUUACAAAAGAUAAUAGUGAAUAAUUUAUUGGUAAUUUGUUUACAAAAUACCUCAACUCAUUAAAUUGUGUGAGCAUAGAAAUCGAUGAUAAUUAAAAUUUAUUUAAUGAAACUGUAAAGAUUGUAAAAGAAUAGAAAACAUGCUAACUAUUUUUGUUUUAAAUAAAAGACUUUUUAAUGAAUGUUGAUUACAAAAUUUUAGAUUUACUAGGAUUUAAUAGACUAGCAAGAUACCUUAAAUAAAGGACGAUAUAUUAUUAUGACCCAAUCACUAAAUUAGAGACAAAAAUUAAUAAUAAAAACGGAACCAAAGGAAUAUUCUUUGGAGAGGUAUUUGCUUCAGAUGUGUGCCUUAUUGUAUGUCAAGUUAUAUCUAGCUUUAUUGAGAAGGACCCUACACUUUAGAAAAUCGAUUUUUAAAUUAAAGUGCUAUUUAAUUACUCAUCUUUUCUUAUCAAAUUGACACCUAAGAAUAACUAGAAUCUGGUAACUCAAAGUGAAGAUAUACCUAAACCUUAGUUUUUUAUGAAAUUAGUUAGCGAAAUUUUACAUAGUUUUGGUUUUGAGGAGCAGAAAUCUUCAGUAAGAUACUAUUCAUGCGACUAAAACAAAAAUAUUAUACUUCAGAAACUAGAUGAAAAAGAUUAAUUUAUUGAGGCAAGUGAUUUUUAUUUUUAUAGACAGGAUUUGAUAAAGACAAAUGAGAACUAUAAAGAAUUUAGCACAGAAUAAAUAAAUUAUUUAAAACACCUGUUAAAUGACUCAGAAAUUAUUAAAGAAAAUGACCUACUGAACUCUCCUUAGUAAUAAAUUAUUCAUUACAUAAAUUUGAGACUCAUUAAAAGAUACAUCAAAAAAGGAAAUGGAAAUCUGUUAGACAAAGAAGAUUUAAAUCUUUUGUAUAAGCACAUUUAUCAAUUUGUGGAACUUCCUUUUUUUGUUAAUAAAAUUCCAUUUUUAAACUGACAAUAAAAGCCUUUAUUAUAAAAAGUUAUGUAUGUAUUUAUAUUUUAAUCUUAAAAAUUAAUUUUUCAUUUAAUUUUC